UUUAGCAAAGUUCAUUUGAUUGAGAAGAUGAAAUUCUUUACGGUAUUAUUCUUUAUCGCUUUCGCGGUCGUCCUAGUUAAUGGUCAAUGGGGACCUGGUGGACCAGGUGGACCUGGUGGCCCAGGUGGAGCAGUUGGCGGCCCUGGAGGAUUGGGCGGUCCUGGAAGAGUUGGCGGACCUCCACCAAUUGACAGUCCUGAUGGUCCCCAUGGUCCUCGCCCAUUGCAACCCCCACCUCAACCACCAUCUUCAUCUGUAGCACCUGAAUCUUCAUCUGCUGCAACUGAAUCUUCAUCUGCUGCACCCGAAUCUUCUUCUGCUGCACCUCAGGAAUCUUCUUCUGCUGCACCUGAAUCUUCUUCUGCUGCACCUGAAUCUUCAUCUGUUGCAGCUGAAUCUUCAUCUGCUGCACCUGAAUCUUCAUCUGUUGCAGCUGAAUCUUCAUCUGUUGCAGCUGAAUCUUCAUCUGUUGCAGCUGAAUCUUCAUCUGCUGCACCUGAAUCUUCUUCUGCUGCACCGGAAUCUUCAUCUGUUGCAGCUGAAUCUUCAUCUGCUGCACCCGAAUCUUCAUCUGUUGCAGCUGAAUCUUCAUCUGUCUCUGCAUAGAGUUCUGUUGGGAGCGUCAGUUUUUAUAA